AUGUCACAGAGUCGGCCUGGGCUGAUCCCAAGUUUGCGCAUGGGUGAGGUCAUCCGCGAAAAGGUCCAAGAUGGACUGACCGGUGAAGCCAAGGAGAUCGCCUACACGCAAUGCAAGAUCGUCGGCAAUGGCUCCUUCGGUGUCGUGUUCCAGACCAAGAUGGCUCCCAGCGGCGAGGACGCUGCCAUCAAGAGAGUCCUCCAGGACAAGCGAUUCAAGAACCGCGAGCUUCAGAUCAUGCGUAUCGUGCGCCACCCCAACAUCGUUGAACUUAAGGCCUUUUACUACUCCAACGGCGACCGGAAAGAUGAAGUGUACCUCAACCUGGUUCUCGAAUAUGUCCCGGAGACGGUGUAUCGGGCUUCGCGUUAUUUCAACAAGCUAAAGACGACGAUGCCGAUCCUAGAGGUUAAGCUGUACAUCUACCAGCUUUUCCGGUCGCUGGCCUACAUCCACUCCCAAGGAAUCUGCCACCGAGACAUCAAGCCCCAAAAUCUUCUCCUAGACCCAGCCACUGGUAUUCUGAAGCUCUGCGACUUCGGUUCGGCUAAGAUCCUCAUCGAAAACGAACCCAAUGUUUCUUACAUUUGCUCUCGCUACUACCGUGCCCCGGAGUUGAUCUUUGGUGCCACCAACUACACAACUAAGAUUGAUGUGUGGUCAACUGGUUGUGUUAUGGCGGAGCUGAUGCUUGGUCAACCCCUCUUCCCCGGUGAGUCGGGUAUUGACCAGCUGGUGGAAAUCAUCAAGGUUCUCGGUACACCGACUCGUGAGCAAAUUCGUACGAUGAACCCCAAUUACAUGGAGCACAAAUUCCCUCAGAUCAAGCCCCAUCCCUUCAAUAAGGUCUUCCGCAAGGCUCCCCCGGAGGCUAUUGAUCUCAUUUCGGCGCUUCUGGAGUACACACCCACACAACGAUUGUCGGCGGUCGAAGCAAUGGUUCACCCCUUCUUCGACGAGUUGCGGGAUCCCAACACACGCCUACCUGACUCCCGCCACCCCAGUAACCCCUCCAAGGACCUUCCCGCCCUGUUCGAUUUCUCACAACAUGAACUUUCCAUUACCCCCGAUAUGAAUGCCAAGCUAAUCCCCCCCUCACGCCCGCCCCGCUCUGGAGGCCCGUGGCCUCGAUAUCAACAACUUCAAGCCCCUUUCGAAAGAAGAGAUGAUGGCUCACCUCGACUGAGCGAUCUGAUAUUACCUCCACAAGGAAUACGGUCUUCCCUGUUACGUUCCGCAUCCGCCGGGGGCAUUCGAUAG